AUGAUAAAUAUAAUUCAAUAUCCUCAAGACACUCAUUUUGUUAAACCUCUUUUUCUAAUAGGUUUAGGAAUUACUAUUCAUGAGGUACAUAAUGAAGUUUGAGACAAUAUUAGAUUAUUUCAUAUCCAUUAGACAGAAUUGUAACUAGAAUGAUUGCAAAAAGUCCAUAUUAAAACUAAUCAUUUUCUGAAUAAUUAAAAUAAAUUAAGUUAGCUGAAUCAAUUAAAGGAUUGUAUAAAGGAUUUAGGACAUCAUUUGAUAGAUCAAUAAUUUAGAAUCUAUCAUUCUAUUUUUGUUUCUAAUAUUUCUUUUUAAGAUAUGGAUUGGAAUUUAAUAGUAGAACAAGAAUAGAAGUAAAAGAUUAACCAUAUUUGAAAUAUUGUGAAAAUGCAAAGUUUUAUGGAAUAGCAUUUGGAUCUGCAAUACUAUCAACUAUAUUUUCACAACCUAGUAGUGUAGUUAAUAUCAAAUUAUAAUGUGAAUAAUUAGGAUUACCACCUAAGAAAUAUUGGGAUAAUAUGAAGCAUUUAGAAGAAAUAAUGAAUUAUCAUAACAAAAAAUUUAAAAUUGCUUUUACUCCUGGAUUUAAAAGCAAAGUUGUAUUACUAUAUUGUUAAUUUGUUACUGAAAUCACAAUUUUCUAAGAAUUCUUAUAUUAACAAGGAUACUAAUUUAUGAAUAAAAAUGUUUACACAAAUUGUGAUACAAAAAAUAAUCAUUUUAUUGGAGCAUUAGCAACUAGUUUAUUAGUGCCAAUAAUAUUCCAUCCUUUGAAUUUUUUAUAAAAAAGAUAUAUGAUAAGAAAAUUAUAAAAUAUGAAAUUAUUGACACCUUAAGAGAUGUUAAAAUAAGUAAUAUUAUUAUGAAAUAUUCAAAGGAUAUAUCUAAGUUAUCUACUUUAUAUUGUGGAUUUGGAGCAGAAGUGUUUAGGUAUAGUUCUAGAAGUAUGUUGAUAUUUUAUUUGAUUUGGAAUUCUGCUAAUUAAACAACAAAGUAUUGAUU